UGGAUCCGUUUUCGCCCGCUGCUGCUGCGUCCGUUUCCGCUAACUCUGCUGCCGCAGUGGCGACUGCUACCCCUCUCUCCGCCCUACUCUCUCUGCCACUUCCUCUUUGUCUGCUGCUGCAGCAAGUGUUGACACUGCGGUUAAGAGCGGUGCCAGUGCCGGGCGGGGAUUCUGGCCUCUUCUCCCAUCCCGUCCACCUCUGUCCUGCCCGUGCUCGAUAUUUCCGUGCUGCCCGAACUCCCGUUAUUGGUCGCAACUGCGGAGGAUGGUGAUGGGGCAGCUGCCGUUCUUUUCGAUGGGGAGGUCAGGGAAAUCUCGGUCAGGCUGGUAAAUUCCAGCCGCGUGCCCGUAGUGGACGCCCAUGUUUCUGUGGCAGGCAGGCAGAAGCGGCACCUGAUCGUUCUCGGGCAGGAAAAACUUGCAGCAGCGUUGCCCCUGCUUCCCGAGCUGCAGUCACUCUGCCCGUGAAAAUCGUGGCGCAAUUCCAGCCUGAGAGUUCGGAGGACGACGAGGAUGACGUGGGAGGAGAGGGGGGCGGGGGAGGGGAGCAGAGCACGAGCAGCAAGGAGGAGGAUACAGUGAACCUGGUCGUGCACUAUGCUGGGCCCGACAAGGACCCUGAGAAGGAACCUGACACCCCUGCAGCAGCAACCCCUUCCUCAAACCCCCCACCACCCUCCUCCUCCUCCUCCUCCUCCUCCGCCUCCAAGGGCAAGGACAAGGAUGAUUCGGUCCAGGGCGCCGGCCUGUCCUUCCCCAUCAACCUCUGUGUGCGCCGCGGCCUCUCCCUCGUGCGCGCGCGCCUGCUCGUCACAGGCGGCGUCACUCCCGCCGUGCAGUCAGACGGGGGGGUCAGCAGCACUGGUGCUGGCGGUGGCGGUGCUGCUGCCUCCCUUGCUGCUUCUGGUGGCCGCAGCGGUGGUAACCCGGUAACUGGGGCUGGCUCAACUUGGGGCUCGCAAAGUAAGGGUGGAGGAGGGGGAGGAGGGGCGGCAGUGAGGAGGGGAGUGAGUGGGGAGGGGGGGAGGGAGAUAGAGGUGCCGGUGCGGCAGGCCAAGGGGCUGCGGCUGCUGGAUCUGGAGGUGUGGAACGGCACUGACUCUGCCUUUGAUGUCUCUGUGCUCGUUGACCCCCCUGCCUCCCACAAUCAACCAAUGACCGCCGCUGCUGCUGCCGCCUCUGGUGCGCCAGCCACUGGAGCAGCUGCCAGAGGAGCGGCAGCAGCAGCAGCAGCAGCACAACCAGCAGCAUCAGCUGCAUCAGCAGCAUCGGUGUCACUCCUGGCGUCCAGCCAGCUGCCUCCCUUGUCCAACCUGCAGGCGUCCCUGGAGGAGACCGCCGUCCUCGCCUCGGGGGGCUCCGUCUCGCACUCGCGCAUCGGACGAGACUGUGCCGCCCGCCUCCUCAUCCCGCUCGGCGGAUUCGAUUCUCUCCUGGGCUCCGAGGCGGAAGCCGCCCUGGCGGUGCUGCACCACGAGGAGCAAUCGGGCGGCGACACCACGGUGCGGCGGCAGCUGGCGCUAGGCCUGGGCCCGAUCCCGUCCCCGUUCACAACCAUCAUCAACGCCAUCUGCUCGCGUGUGAAGGUACGGUGGCUGUCGGCGCGCAACUGCCGUGGGGAGGUGCGAAUCCGAGAGGCGGUGAGAGCCGUGGUGGAGAGCCAGGCUGUCUCCGUGCUGCUGCCCGACCCCCUGGCAUUCUCGUUUAGGGUCACAGCACCUCCUGUGACUGGUGCUGGUGGUGCUGGUUCUUCUGAGUCGACUCACUUGGCGCUGGCGAUGAAUGCCGAGGCUGGUGCUGCAAGGGAUGGUGGAAGGGAAGGCGUUUCGGGUGAUGGGGGAGGGGGAGGAUGUGGAGGAGGAGGGGGCGCGGGGGCGGGGUUCAGUGUGACAAGCGCGCUGGAGUUUACCACAGUGGAGCUGAUGGUGACCAACCAGAGCAAGGGCAAGCUGGCCGUGAGCGUGAGUGUGACAUGUCGCGACGUGACUGGCGAGACGUGCGUGGGAGAGGCCACUCCGAAGCAGCACGUCAUGUGGGCAGGCACGCUGAACGGCAUAGACGGCACCCUGGACCCUGGCCAGUCCCUGUUGCACCGCUUCAGCCUGUGCUUCCUGGUGCCUGGCGAGUACACUCUCUUCGCCGCUGCAGUUGUGGACAACCAGGGCCCCUCGCCCACCUCCAUGCUUGCCUCGCACGCACACAUGGCGGGGAAAGCAGGGCACACUCAGAACCCCAACCCCUGGUGGGCCGUGCUGGACGCGAGUAGACGGCCCCAGACCAUCUGCUGCACCAGCUUGCCACACGCCAUCACUGUGCUGGGUGCCACAUAGUGUACACUUGCAACUUGUUAUGUAUAUGAUUCAGUUGGAAACACCACCUGAUUCGCAUGAGGAUGGCAUUGAUGGUGGAGCCACAUGCAAGUUGCAUUGCAACUCGAUGCUCAUUGAAAUAAUA